CCCAGUGCUAAGCAGCAAGCCAGUUAGAGAGACAUCCAGCCAGGGUAUUAGUAAAAACCAAGCCUCCCUCUAGGAAUGGCACUCGUCUAAGAGUCUCCUCUGCGCAGAGCUCCUGUAAGCCGCCAGGGCUUGGAGAGGAGAACAGAGGGGCUAUUGGGAUACAAAUUACAGCCCUCUCAGGAUUUGCCAGACAGACCGGCCAACGGAAGACAGGAUAUUGAGGAGAAAGGGAGAGCAAGAGCAAGAGAAAUAAUGACAGAUGACCAAGACCUUUCAGAAGUGGAAAUGAGCCCAGUGGGCUCUGAAGACCAUCACUGCCUCUCGCCAGGACCUUCCAUGGCAUCAGAUGCCACCUCUCAUCUCACCAGCCCGGGGAGUGGAGAGAUGGGGAAGGUCAAGAAGGAGCAGCAAGACUCAGAGGUGGACGACGAUAAGUUUCCCGUGUGCAUUCGGGAGGCGGUGAGCCAGGUGCUGAGUGGCUAUGACUGGACCCUGGUGCCCAUGCCUGUACGGGUUAACGGGAGCAACAAGAGCAAACCGCAUGUCAAGCGUCCCAUGAAUGCCUUCAUGGUGUGGGCACAGGCUGCUCGGAGGAAAUUGGCUGACCAGUACCCUCACCUCCACAAUGCAGAGCUCAGUAAGACCCUCGGGAAGCUCUGGAGGCUACUGAAUGAAAGCGACAAGCGGCCUUUUAUCGAAGAGGCAGAGAGGUUGAGGAUGCAGCACAAGAAGGACCACCCUGACUACAAGUACCAGCCACGCCGACGGAAGAAUGGCAAGGCCACCCAGGGUGAGGGUGAGGGCCAAGCUGAGGGAGAAGCCGGCGGGACUGCAGCUAUCCAGGCCCACUAUAAGAACGCCCACCUGGAUCACAGGCAUCCUGGGGAAGGAUCCCCCAUGUCUGAUGGGCACCCUGAACACUCCUCAGGUCAGAGCCAUGGACCUCCCACACCACCGACCACUCCAAAGACGGAACUGCAGGCUGGCAAAGCAGACACCAAGCGGGAAGGGCGCUCCUUAGGGGAAGGGGGGAAGCCUCACAUUGACUUUGGCAAUGUGGAUAUUGGAGAGAUCAGCCAUGAAGUGAUGUCCAAUAUGGAGACCUUUGAUGUCAAUGAGUUUGACCAGUACCUGCCACCCAAUGGACACGCUGGCCACCCGGGCCAUGUUGGGGGCUAUGCAGCAGCUGCUGCUGCUGGCUAUGGCCUGGGGAGUGCUCUGGCUGCAGCCAGUGGACACUCCGCCUGGAUCUCCAAGCAGCAUGGAGUCUCCUUGUCCGCUGCCACAUCAUCGGUGGUGGACUCCAAGGCACAGGUGAAAACGGAGGGGUCUGCCCCAGGAGGUCAUUACACUGACCAGCCAUCCACCUCCCAGAUAGCAUACACGUCCCUGAGUCUCCCCCACUAUGGCUCAGCAUUUCCUUCUAUCUCCAGGCCCCAGUUUGACUACCCCGACCACCAGCCUUCGGGACCCUACUAUAGUCAUUCCAGUCAAGCCUCUGGCUUAUACUCUGCCUUCUCCUAUAUGGGGCCCUCACAACGUCCCCUGUACACUGCCAUCUCUGACCCUGCGCCCUCCGUGCCACAGUCCCAUAGCCCCACACAUUGGGAGCAGCCCGUGUAUACAACUCUCUCCAGACCCUAGGGAGCAGGGCACAGUGACCGAAGCAGCAGCGGAAAGGAUCCGAAGAAUCAGCACAGGCAGAAGAGCCUCCGAACCCUGAGGUCAUUCAGUGUCAUCCAUCCACCAGAACCCACUGCGCACCCAGAAGUGCCCAUCAUGACCCCAGCUAUCGCUGGCUCACCCGCCUCGAGGAAGGUUUUUCGCCCUUUCUCCUUCUCAAUUCUAUGCAUGCCAACUGACUGGCUUGCAAAGAACUUUUUUUGGCCUUCUAGAUAAGGAUGAUUCUAGACAUGGAGCGACCGGUCCCGGUGGGUUUCAUUGUGCACGCCCUUGGCUGUGAGAUAAGCAAUAUUUCCCUUUCCUUCCAUUCCCUCAAACUGCUCCAGUAUUGCCAGCAGACCACAAUGGCCAACUCUUUGUCACCUGCUGUGGGUGAAGGGUGGCUGGUCGGGCACCUUUGGCAAACAUGUUGUGGGAGGCGAGGUGGGGGCGGUGUGGCCGACCUCCUUGUGCUCAGUGUUUUGCAGGAUUCCUGCCAAGAAUUCGCACAUGUAUGAAUCUUGAUCCCUGUUGGAAGACCAACCUACGCUUGCUUUCCCAUUGACUUUCACAAAUGCACCCUAUCCAUCUCGCAUCCCACCAUCUCUUUUCCACGUGGAGAUUUUAAGACUUGACUACACAGUGCACUGGACUCAGGAGCCCACAAUUGGUCCUUUCCUUGUUCAUAUUGCAAAGUGCCUGUGUGUGGAGGAACCCAUGGAUCACAAAGGAGAUGGGACCGAAUCCUCCUUUGCAAUGAUUAUUUUGUAUUGCUCCUUUGUUUUGGCCAUUUCCUUGCCCCCUCUAAAACUUUCCAUCCUCCCGUAACAGCCCAAAAGAUAUGCCACCAAAGCCAGUGCUUGCUCUUCUCUUGUGUGUUUGUGCCUGCAUGGUAUGUGGAAGAAUAGAAAAUGAAGAUAUUAUGGCACCAAUAACUGUCAGCUGGAAUCUUAUUGGGCUAAACAAAGAGUUGGAUAAAACAAUCACCUUGAGCCCUGCUCCCCCCUCCCCUCCCAAGAAAAAACAAAAAAACAAGCUGAAUUGCACCCACACCCUUGUGUGUCUUCACUGCCUGUCCCAGUUGACCAGCAUCUCAGUUCUACCCUCACUUGGCCUGGGAAGAUAGUCUUGCAGUACUUCAUGGGGGAAAACACAUAAUGUUGGCUGAGUAUGAAGAAAAAUGAGUGAAAUGAAACUGGACGCCUCCUUUUUUUCUGCUUUCCAAUUGAAAGCAACCAUCAGCAACAGUCAGACAGUUCCCCUUCUCCUUGUCUCCAUCUUUGCUGCCCUGCUGAAGACAACCUGUUGGCUCAUUCCAAAUCAUCAUCAGGACCAGCGUGGCUUCAGUGCCAGGUAGCAUGAGGACUGCUCUAACCUGGGGAAGCAGGGGGCAGGGAGAGAGAAGAUGCCCCCCAACUGGCCGCCAAAAUAUAGCAUGGGAGCCCUAGCCAAGAAGUAGAUUUGG